AUGGGUCUCGACGAGAAGAAGCGGCCAAUGGCCCUCAACCUCACACCAGCCCGCACCAUGUCGGCCAGCUCAGUUUCCACCGCAGACUCAUCAUCCACAUCAUCAUCACUAGCAAAACCACCAAGAACACCACGGUUCGCCGAAGCAACCGCAGUCCACUCGCCCGUAGAACCCCGAAAGCUUCCAUUCUCGGAGAAGUCAGAACCCGCCGCAAACGCACAACCAGGAGAUGUCGGUUUCGGUUACAUUGGGGCCGGGAGUAGGGACUCGACCGCCGUGCCCAUGGCGCCGAAGUCGCCGUUGAAGAGCGCAAUGAGGGUUCCUGGGACACCGGGGCGUGCCCUACAGAACCCAUUGAGCCCGACAUUCAGGGAGGAGGAGGUGUUGGAAUCGAGGGAAAAGGCGACCGACAAGCAGCAGGCGAAGGAUCUGAAAAUCAAGACACGGGUACGAAUGGCCAAGUUCGCCCUGCGCGGUGUCAGCUUCAGCUGCAGUCUCAUCAUCCUGGCCAUGAUCUCGGCUUCGUUCGCCAUCUUCAACGCCACCAAGGCCCUCCCGGCGAUGAGCGGGAUGCCGGCAUGGGCCGAAGGCACCGACACCAACGCGUGGCCGCAAAAGGUAGUCCUCGGGUGUGCCUGUGUUUCGUUGCUCAUCUGCAUCGUCAUCUUCGUCGGCUACUGCCGCGGCGGCCACCGUAGGGCCGAGAAGGUGGGCGUCUACUACACCCUGUUCGCGGUCGGCUGGUUCAUCUUCAGCAUGGCCAUGUGGGCCGUGGCGGCCGGCGUCCUGCAGGUCUCCCGGACGAGCAGCGAGAACAAGGACAUGUGGGGCUGGGCGUGCGUGGACAACCGCCGCUCGAACCUCUUCGGCGAUCAGGUCGACUACGCGCUCGUCUGCCGCCUGCAGGACUGGAGCCUGAUCUGCAUCAUCAUCGAGCUGGUCGUCGAGAUCAUCAGCAUCGCGCUCUACAGCAUCGUCUUCUACCGCUACUGGUCCAAGCGCAAGCUGCGCAAGUCCAUGGACGUCCGCGACAAGGCCCGCUCCGACCUCUACCUCGCCCAGCUGCGCACCCAGUCCGCGCCCAACACCCCCGGCUUCGGCCCCAAGUCGCCCGCCUUCUCCCAGUACGCCAUGUCGCCGCGCUUCCCGCCCUCGGCCUACAAAUCCCUCGGCGACAUCGAGGAGGGCUCGCCCUUCACACCCGGCGGCAAGGGCCUGGUCGUACCGCCCUCCUCCUUCUCCCCCAGCCAGGCCGGCUUCAAGCUGCAGGCGCCGCCGCUCAAGGCCAACAAGGCCACCCCGGCAACGCCCAAGGCCGGCUACAAGCCGCCCACGCUCGCCGACCUGUCGCCCGCGACCCCGACGGCGCCCGAGCUGCCCGCCGUCACCGUCACCGUCCACGACCCGGCCCCGACCGCCGACGGCGAGCAGCAGUACGAGGCCGUCCCCAUCCCCGGCGCCUACGCGGGGCAGGCCGUCCGCAGCCCGCCGCCCGUGCAGACUAGCUUCAACCUGCCUGGGUCGGACCGGUACGCUUAA